AUGGACCCAAACCCAGACACCNCCCGAACCCAACCAUCCCCAGGUCUCUUCCGCUAUGUGCUAGGCUUCCUCCUUGUCGGUGCAGCAUGGGGUCUAACAACACCUUUCAUGCGUCGCGCCGCCGUCGCCUCCUCUUCAACCUCAACCCCCGAAUCCCGCGCCUGGCUCGAGCAUCCAAAUACACCCUGGCUUAAAGCAAAGGUCUGGGGUGUGUUGUACAGUGUCUGGGACGUUCUCAGGAAUCCAGCUUAUGCCAUUCCGUUUUUGAUCAACGUUACGGGGAGUGUGUGGUUUUUUUUGUUGAUUGGUCAGGCUGAUACAUGGAUAGGCAUGGCCCUAGUCCUUGGUGGAAUCGGCCUCUGCGUGCAUUCAAAAAACACCUGA